CCGUCAUGGCUGUGCUUGUACUUACGCGGUUGUACUGGACAGCCUGCGUGUCUCCUGCGUGUAUUUUCUUGAUCCUGUUUCCCUUACAAAUAGCGUCCGUCUCUUCUGUCCUUUCCUUUUUCUUCAUUCAUCUAUACACACUCGCUUUGUUUACGACCUUUGGCUAGCUCUCUCUCACUUUUAGUACAUAGUGUAUAUAUCUGUUGUCCAUAUAACGCCAUUAGUACAUAGUGUAUAUAUCUCUUUCCGCACCUCCUCAAUUCAAAGUUAUAACGGAUAAUGUCAUCGACAAGUUCAACUGGAUACUCUGAGGUUAACACCUCUAGUUUACCUGAAGUCACUUGGUUACCCAUCAUGUCAGGCUCUCGCAUGAUUUUCAAUGGGUUUAUUCCAGCACGUACUUAUUUUGAACAUCGUGCUCAAUGGGAGCCUCUUCCCUUGGCGCAAGUUGGAUUCGAAGCGACUGAUCAUAUAGACCCGCAACUACUUGUAAACACCACAAACACCACACCUGAUAACGAAGUUAAUAACGAAGCUCACGAUGCUGUUGAUCAAGAAAUCGAAGUGGGUGAUGUGAUGGACAUCAACUCCAGCCCUCGAGCUCAGCGAUACAUUCGCCGCAAUUCCAACCAGUCAGUCCGCAAUGCGAAUGUCAUAGAUCUUACGCUCAGCCCUCGAGUUCGACGCGAGAUCGAACGGCUUGAACAGUAUCAUCGCACUCGCGGAGUUAAACAAGAGAUGCGCCGGAUAAUCAAGGUGGUCCAGGACAAGCGCAGAUCAGAGUUUCGCCUGCUCCGCGAGGCGCUUGGUGAGGUCUAUGCUUACAGUGGCCCAUACCUUGAAAAGACGGGUGAUAAAGAAGCUGCUGCUGAAUUGAUACGAGGAGGAGCUUUAGGUGCCGAGUUUGUCCAAGAUUUUGAUAACGACGCCAAAUGGGCGUGGCUUCAAAUCCGCGUUAAUGCCUCCAGAGAUAGCUUUUGAUUUUGUGGAUUGGUAGUUUUUCAAGUUCCUUUUCAUCUCAUCACGUAUAUGUUCAUCUCAAUAAAUGUCUCGAUAGUUCCAAUUGGGUCAUUUCUAGUCUAGUCUGCUUGUAAAUAAUGUGGAUUUCAGUUCAUCACAUCAUUUUAUCUCAUUAAGUACAAUUUGAUCUUGUUAUGGAGUUAGUUCCUGUCCG